UCUAUCCAUUCAUUCAAAUGUUGAUAUUAGCGCAUAUAUCCUUCCAUUUUAUAGGGGGCUCCUUUUUAAGUAUCCACAUUAAGCUCCUCCGAUCUCUCUUUCAGAGUCUGCGCCAUGCCAACCUCCCGUCCGCAACGAGACCACACGCUGGACCUUCCCGACGACUGCCUGGCCCUCGUGGUCGGCUCCCUCGGCCCCCGCGACCGCAACCGCUGCGCCCUCGUCUGCCGCCGCUGGCUCACCGUCGAGGCCCGAAGCCGCUGCCGCCUCGUCCUCGACGCCCGUGCCCCCCUUCUUGAUGCCGCCCCCGCCCUCUUAGCCCGCUUCGACGCCGUCUCCAGCCUCUCCCUCCGCUGCGAUCGCUUCUCCGACAGCAUCGGCGAUGACGCCCUCGACCUCAUCGCCCGCCGAUGUCCUGCCCUUGCCCACCUCAAGCUCCGGGCCUGCCACCGCGUCACCGACCUCGGCAUGUCCGCCCUCGCCUCUCACUGCUCCGCCCUCCGCCGCUUCGCUUGCUCUUCCUGCUCCUUCGGCCCUGCCGGUAUCGACGCCGUCCUCCGAGGCUGCCCCUUCCUCGAGGACCUCUCCUUCAAGCGCCUGCGAGGUCUCGCCGACGCGGUCCCCCAGGCCGUCUGUUUCCCGGCCUCCUCUGCCCUCCGCUCCCUCUGCCUCAAGGAUCUAUACAACGCCCAGUGCUUCACCUCGGUAAUCGCCGGCUCCCCUAGCCUCAGAACCCUCAAGAUCAUACGCUGCUCCGGCGAAUGGGAUCCAGUCCUUCAGAAGAUCGCCGGACGGGUUCCCAAACUCGCUGAGGUCCACCUCGAGAAGCUCCAGGUCGCCGACCGCGGCCUUGUCGCCCUCACCUCCUGCCUGGCCUUGGAGGCGCUCCACCUCGUCAAGACCCCCGAAUGCACCGACGCCGGGGUCGCCGCCAUCGCCGAUAACUGCUGCAUGCUCCGCAAGAUCCGCAUCGAUGGGUGGAGAACGAACCGGAUCGGCGACUACGGCCUCAUGGCGAUCGCCAGGGGUUGCCCCCAGUUGCAGGAGCUUGUUCUGGUCGGGAUCAACCCAACGGCUCUAAUAAUCGAGCACAUUGUGAGCAGCUGCCGCAGUCUCGAGCGCUUGGCGCUGUGCGGCUGUAAGACAAUUGGCGACGCUGAGAUCGCGCACAUUGCCACCAAGUGCACGGCUCUGAAGAAGUUGUGCAUCAAAGGGUGCCCUGUCUCUGACCGUGGGCUGGAGGCUCUCGCUCGAGGUUGCCCCAGCUUGAUAAAUGUUAGGAUGAAGAGGUGCCCGCGAGUGACCUGGGAAGGUGUGGAGUGGUUAAUGGCCGCCAGGGGAGGGUCAUUUGCUGUCAGCCUGGAUGCAGUCACGCUGCAGGAGCCGGAUGUGAGCAUGAGCGAGGGUGGGAUGCAGGAAAGUGGGAUCGAAGAGCUUGCGUCUCUCACCGAACACAUUGUGACGUUAGAUCUUCCCUCAAGCAGCAACGAUGGAUCCACUCUCUAACCUCGAGCAUGAGGAGCUUCUUAUCAUCUGUUGGCAGAAAAUAGUCAAGUAGGAGUGACAAUUCUCUUCAGCAUUUAUGCUGGCUAACUGAUGAUGGGAUGGAGAGACAAAUUGGUAUCAGAGCAAAGGUUACCGUGGCUGGUCGUCGUCGUCAACAUGCUUCUAAUAUCGAAGAACAUGCUGCUCAUGAUGUCAUCGAGAUAUUGAAAUCGAUGAGUUGAGGAGCAGGCAUAUACAACCAAGUCCAACCCAUCCAUCCCAACAUCACUAACUUCUCUCAUCGAGAUCAUCGACAUGUUUUCCUCUCUUUGCUAAGUGUACUCUUUUAAGUGGUUAGGACAUAGCAGCCACUGAAAGCUAUGGAGAAGUGAGAACCUCUUCGUAGACUCUCCAAAUCAGUUCUAUUGAAGAGUCUGUUCAUUGAUGGAACACCAACUUUUAAUCUGUCUUGUUUUGUGCUGCUUAGAGCUGUGCAAUUCCCAUAUGCCUUGCUUGUUCUCAGUCCAAGUUCAUUGACAAAGUGAUGCUGAACACAUCAAAGCACAGAGCAUGACACAUGAUUGUGCUUCAAUCUUCGUUGAUGUGGCCAUUUAAAUCCACAUCACUUCCAAUUAUUGGGGAAUGUCAAUUUUUUAUUGGAUUGUUCUGAUUACAGAAUCUUGAUGGAUGCCAUUCCAUUGAUGAUGGAAGGUGUGAAAUAAUUGCAUCAGUAGACAAUGAAGUCCAGACAGUUCCAGGGAAUCAUCACACAUGUUUUGCGGGACUCAAACCCUAAUCCACUGGUGUUUGAAAUCUAUGAGCCCACUAAUCUGACUUCCACAUGGUUAGCAAGCAGCAGCAAAUGUCUGUAGGAAACUUCAUGGCAAGAAUCCACAUGUAUGUCUUAUUUGUCUUUUUUGGUUCACAUUAGAUCUCCAUUGGUAUGUGUGUCCAUUAUAGUUAUCC